AAAUAAUAAUAAUUGUACAGAGCGUGAUUUGAGAGUGCAUUUGGAGUCCAUUCCAAUCCCAAUAAUGCAUUGGUUUUGUGUCUGCUAGUGUUUCUGGAGUUGUGAGAGUGCAUCGCUGUAAUUGAAGAACCAAAAAGAAACAGUUACGAGCAACAAAACAGGGGUACAAAGAUCGGUUCCUUCAAAGAAGUUCAACGCCAUUGAAGGAAAGUACCAACCUUGGAUCGCUGAUGCGGCGGGCAAGAUUGGGUUGAUAGGAACCUCUUCGGCGGCGGCGGCUCAAGAAUUCAGCCAUGAAAGGCGUCUUUUCGGCGCCCGGUGAUUACAUCCACUUCAAGUCUCAAGUCCCUCUUCACAAAAUCCCCAUUGGCACGAAGCAAUGGCGAUAUUAUGAUUUCGGUCCAAAAGCUGUGCCUCCACUUAUUUGUCUCCCUGGAACAGCUGGAACAGCUGAUGUAUACUACAAACAGAUCAUGUCGUUGUCCAUGAAGGGUUACCGUGUCAUAUCUGUUGACAUUCCUCGUGUAUGGAAUCAUACAGAGUGGAUUCAAGUAUUUGAAAAGUUCUUGGAUGCUAUUGAUGUACACCAUAUACAUCUAUAUGGAACAUCACUUGGUGGGUUCCUGGCACAACUUUUUGCACUGCAUCGUCCAAGAAGAGUUCGGUCUUUGGUUCUAUCAAACACAUUUUUGGAGACACGGAGUUUCUCUGCUGCAAUGCCAUGGGCUCCAAUUGCGAGUUGGACCCCCUCUUUUUUGCUUAAGCGAUACGUUUUAACAGGAAUUCGUGAUGGUCCCCAUGAACCAUUUAUUGCGGAUUCGGUUGACUUUGUUGUUUCUCAGGUGGAAACACUCUCAAGAGAAGACCUGGCCUCCAGACUGUCGUUGACAACAGCUGAUGCUUCAGUUGGCCCCCUUCUUCUUUCAGAUUCAGCUAUCACCAUAAUGGAUACCAAUGAUUACUGUGCAAUUCCUCAACUACUUAAAGACCAAUUGAGUGAAAGGUAUCCGGAGGCUAGACGUGCAUAUUUGAAAACGGGUGGAGAUUUUCCUUUCCUUUCACGGCCAGAUGAGGUCAAUUUACAUCUUCAGUUGCACCUCAGGCGUGUCGGUGUGGAAGCUAGGCCAGACUUGGUUCAUAAUAUUCCAAAAGAUGGUCUUGGAGGAAGUUCCGGCAAAGAAAAAAAUGGAGAUGAUACAGACAAGUCACGUAAGGAUGGUGAGGGAACUUCAGGAAAUCCAUCCACUGCGCGUGAGAUACCUCAUAGCCCUGAAAGCACGGGAUCCAAUAAUUUAGAUAACCAGCCACUCGAAAGCGAAGAAUGCUGUCAUUUGAAUCACCAAGUUGCGUUAUAUGUCUUUCCCAGUGGUUUCACAAAGGAAAAACACACUGUGCCUACAGAAACUUGUGUACAUUUCAUGUGGGAAUAUGCUGUUCUUUUUUAUCUUCUUCGUUAUAUCAGUUCAUUGUAUAUUAUCGACAACUAUUCUUUGGAAUUUAGGCAAGUUAUCUAAGGUGGGAAGUUAUCUAAGAUCGACCUCUUUUGUGAAUUGGAUUUCUGAGAACCUUUGGAUAGUGCAGUGAGAUAUGUUCAUCUGUAAGUUAUUUGAAAUUUAGAUGUAAAACUGUGAGCCAUCAAAUUUGGUGGCUUCAUGUUUGUACUUCAUGGCUGUUAUUGGGAGUUGUUCUGUACAA